AUGCUCCCCUCGAGCUUGUUCUGCCAGAGGAACAGCAAGCGGAGGCCCCUCAGCCGUCCCAGCUCCGCCGGUAUCGUCCCGGUGAUGGCAUUGUUGUCGAGCUCAAUGUCUGUGAGGUUUCCGCAGUCUGCGAGCUGUGCGGGGAUGGGCCCGGAGAUCUGGUUCAUGCUGAGCUGCAGCUGCUGGAGCGCCGUCAGGUUGCCGAAGGUGGCGGGGACGACGCCGCUGAGCGUGUUCAUGGAGAGGUCAACCACUGUAAGCUCCGAGCACCUGCCGAGCUCCGGCGGGAUGAACCCUACCAGAUUGUUCUUCCAGAGGAGAAGAUUCCUGAGCCUUUUGAGGUUGCCCAGCUGGGGAGGAAUGGAACCCGAGAGGCUGUUCUCGUAG